AAAAAAUCCCACUUGGAAUUGUUCGUCUGGUAAAUGCUAGAAAAAGCCUUGAAGGCUAAGCGACAGAGAAUCUCAGAGAAGCUCCCAGAGAUAUGUGUGCAAGGUGGUCGGCGUCUUAUUUCCGGUUGCCGGAGUUCGAAUUUUCCUUUUCCUCGUGGUUUUUUCGGUGGCCCGAGUUCGAUUUUUCUUAUUUCAGAAGCGGGUGGAAUUUGCAUCAGAGUUUCAGAUGGUUCGAUUUCUCCAUUGAUGACUUCUUGUGGACCUUUGUUACCGUGUUCGAGUCUUUUCUUUUAGUUUCCAUGCUUUGUUACUUCUUCUUGUUCUGUGGCUGUACGCUUUGACAAAAAAGAUAUAGUUUCUCUUUUCAUUUGAAGAUCUCAUGUGUAAAUUAUUUAGACCCAGUAUAAUUUGCUGGCAUCUAACAACUUGUUUGGUGACU